AUGUUAUAUCCCUUACUGUUUUCUUGUUGCUUCUCAAAUACAUACCGAGAGGAGAUAGCCAUGGAUAGCAGAAACGUUCGGACACUUGCUCCUGUUCUCACGAUACUCAACCCAUCGUCGGUGAGUUUGGACAGCACUUUUGAGAGUGAUACCGAUGAUAUUAGACCAUUACUUUCACCCAUUGUGUCAGAACCAGAUCUAGAAACUAAUCCGACUACAAUAGAGCGGCUUAUGGCUUCUCCAGGCGAUGCAGACGAUGACCUGCUUCUACGCUCUUUGAGAUUUGCUAGUUUCUCAAAUACCAACUUGAAGGCAGAUUCCAGGCAAUCUUUGAAAUCGUCAUCCAGGCUAAGUUUCAAAAAAUAUAAAGAUGACCCUAACAGAGCCUCCUCUUCAUCUGAAACUGCUAGACCAUACAUUUUCCAAAUAAACGGCUCUAAAAUUAAGUCUGUAUCGCAAUCGGAUAUGUUGCAUCCCAACAGAAAUUCUAGUAGGGUCAGUCUGGCAGAAUCGAUAGCUUCGGAGAUUGAAUAUUUGAGAGAUUUGACUAUUUCUCAGUUGAAGAGGCGGCGUUUCUUUGUCGUAUGUAUGUUUAGUUUGGUGUGUAUGGUUAUUUUUAACCUUAUAUUUAUGCCAAGAACAACAUUAAAUCGAGACUUGAGAAGAUUAUAUGGGGGUUUUAAAACUUUAGAUGAUAUAUCCCGUAUUUACCUCAAUCAACUAUAUUAUAAUCCAACCACAAGCACCUAUUUGAGAUUUUAUGAAGAAAAUAACCACUUCCCAGGGGAAAAUAGCAGGGCUUGGAGAAAGAUUAUGGACGAUUUUUCCGAAUUGGAAACAUACACCGAAGAUUUUGAUGUAUUCUUUGGUACCCCCCAGAAUAUAAACAUCGAACUUUUGGGUGAUGAUUGGAGGGUAGAUCUUCACUCAAAGAAAGUUUCAUACGUUCCAUAUUCAGCGAAUGGUCAAGUAACCUCAAAAUAUGUUUUUGUUAAUUAUGGUCUGGAUGAUGAUUAUGAAUCUCUGAAAGAUAUUUCCUUAGACAAUAAGAUUUUUAUUAUUCGAUUAAAAGAUAUACAUCCAAGUUUAAUUGUUGAAAACGCUCAAAAGAACGGUGCAAGUGGUAUUAUAUUUUACAAUGACCCCUCUGAUGACGGCAAAUUUAGAGAAGCUGAUGGUUACACCCCAUACCCUAAAGGAAAGGCAAGAAGUUUGGAAGCAAUAAACACUUGGACUUCCAAUUUUAUAUAUUACCAACCUGGUGAUCCAACAACCCCUGGUUGGUCAUCAUCUCUAUUUGAUGGGCGUAGAAGACUCAAGUUUCCAAGUACUAUACCAAAGAUACCCGUUAUUGCAAUGAACCAUGUACAUAUACAUCCUAUAUUAAAGAAAUUGAAUGGGAUAGGACCAAACCUAGGAUGGAAGGGAGACUUGGAUUAUGACUACACUCCCGGACCAAGCCAAAGUCAACUUAAGCUAACCAACGAAAUUGAAUAUUCAGUUAAGCCGAUUUACAACAUUGUGACUGAAGUACCAGGGAUGCUAGGAGAUGAGGAGAUUAUAAUUGGUGCUUCGAGGGACGAUUUGAGUGGCACUGGUGGCUUAAGCUCUUCACAGCCAGCUCUAUUGGAGAUAGCAAGGGGGUUCAAUGAGCUUGCGAAACUAGGGUGGAAACCAAUGAGGACUAUUAAGCUGAUUUCAUGGGACGGAUCCAGCUUGGGAAUGCUAGGGUCAUCUGAGCAUGGUGAAUUUCAUGCGCAGAAUAUUAUCAACAACUGCAUUAUGUAUAUUAACCUUGAUAAUAUUCAUGGCACGAAGUUAAAUAUUGAAUCUAACCCAUUAUUUGAGAAGGCGAUAAAGAAGUUAUUAGACAUUGUCAUGGAUGGGUCUAUGACUUUAAAAGAUGUCUAUGGGGAUGACAUUAAGAUGAUCAGUGAUAAAGUGACAGAUUAUUCAAUUUUUGAGAAUCAUCUUGGUAUACCGUCAAUUAAUGUUGGUUUCCAGCGCAAUCCAAAUAAAGAUCCUGUUUCAUACCAGAAUUCAGAGUUUGAUGAUUUGGACGUUUUGGCAAUGUUUGAUCCAUCACUAAAGCUGCAUAAUGUUUUGGCCCAAUUGGUUGGAAUGUUUGCCAUUCAUAUCAGCGAGCACGAGAUAAUCGAUGUGACAAUAUCGCCAUACCUCGAUCUUUUCAACAACAAGUUGGACAAUGCAUUACAGAGGACCCCCACUGACUGGCUGAAUAGGAAUAUGACUUUUCCAUUCCAGUAUUUGACGUUAGGUGAGCGGGUAGCAGAAUUACAAACAACCAUGAAGAAGGUGGUUUCGUUAGGUAAAGGUUUUGACAACGAGAUUAAGUUGAUCAGACGUGAAAUAAGGCAGGACCUACCAUGGUUUAAACUCUACAAAAAAAUACGUACAGCCGUCAAAAUUAAGAUCAUCAACAGCAAAAUCAAGGCCUUCAACAGAAUCUUCUUGACCGUCAAUAAGAAUGACAACAGAAUUUCCCACCGUCCCUGGUUCCGGCACCUAUUUUUCGCUCCUUCAAUGACAAACCAAGGCGUACAGUACCUACCAGGCAUUCACGAUGCCUUGGAGAAUUCUGAUUUCAACUACUUUGAACAGACGUUGAUUGCACUGCAAACUUCCCUUGAUUGGCUUCAAAGAGUAUUGUGA